ACUAAUCGGACGGCUGAGAGAAACCCAUUUGGGCUUUAUAUAUAUCAAACCCUUUAUUAGGGUUUCUCCUCUCUACUCUUUGCUCGCCAUAUCCGCAGCAGCAAUACUGUGAAUACGGCUCUUUCCACUGUGUCUCGAGUUCUCUCCUCGAAGCUUCUUCCAAAAUGGUUCUUCAGAACGAUAUUGAUUUGCUGAACCCUCCGGCGGAGCUCGAGAAAAGGAAGCACAAGCUUAAGCGUCUUGUUCAGUCGCCCAACUCAUUUUUCAUGGAUGUGAAAUGCCAAGGCUGUUUCAACAUCACAACUGUUUUUAGCCACUCCCAAACUGUGGUGGUUUGCGGUAACUGCCAGACUGUGUUAUGCCAGCCAACUGGUGGACGUGCUCGCCUCACCGAGGGCUGCUCUUUCAGGAAAAAGGGUGACUGAGGGCUUUAGCUCUGUUUUUCCCAUUACACAAUUAUGAUUAUGACAUUAGAAUGGUUUCACUUGGCGAUUCCGGUAUCGAAAUUGGGGCAUCAUUUUGUUUUGCUUAUGAUAUAUUUGUUUUGUUAGUACUCUUGGCACUUUGCAAGUUCUAGUUUAUGUUGCUCUUUUGGUUUUUCCCAACUGUAUUGGAUAUGGUUUUGUUUUAAGAUGAUAUAAUUUUUAACCAGUUUUGAACUGUAUUUGUUUUGAA